AUGCCGGGGGUGAUGCCCCCGCCCGAGGCCAGGAGAGUCCCCCUCGUCCAGCUGGUUCGCCUCGUACUCGAAGCCUCCGCAAGGGCCCUGGAACUCCACCUGGAGACCAGGGGGAAAUUUCCAGGCCCUUGCGGAGGCUUCGAGUACGAGGCGAACCAGCUGGACGAGGUGACUCUCCUGGCCUGGCGGAGGCAUCACCCCGGCAUGCAGCUCAUCCGCGCCGUCAUGCACAACCCCGACGACAGGACCAAGAUCAAGCUCCUCUACUUCUCCGAGAAUUACGACGAGAUCCUAUACCGCGAAGAACUUGAUGAUUAUGCAGCUAAGGAUUCUCGACUGGAGAUGGUGCACACGCUGGGAGAGUCGCCUGAGGACUGGGAUGGCGAGGAAGGCUUCAUCGACACGCAGAUGAUCGACAAACACAUCAUCAUGUGUGGAGGCCCUACUAUGACCAUCUCGUGCCUCCACUCCCUGCGGUCCCUCGGCUUCCCCUCCGACGCCAUCUUCAUCUACGGGCAGUUCGGCACCGAACACGUGAGGAAGGUCUACGGCAGGAACGUCCAGCUCUCCGGCCACCGCUGCGACAGUGUCCUCUGA